AUGAAUUCGCUUUUACCCAAAGUUCGUCGUGCCCACAUGCUUGAAAAUCAGUUGCGCGGUCACAUCUCUCGUAGUCUCCAUGAUAAAUUCUUGUCUGUGGCUUUUCUGGGUUAUUUCCCCAAAAGCUAUCUCUUCCACACAUCUGGAUUACAUGUAGCUCGUCCAAGUAAUAAGAAAGCCGAGAGAAUAGAGAAAUCUAGAGAAACUUCUGGCAAGCUUCUGGAGAAAUUACGAAAGACACGCCUUGAGGGACUAGUAAACCCUGAGCCUGUGUUCACACCUGAAGAGAAACUCACCAAGCGAACUAGGAAGAUACAGUUCAUCAAGGGGCUUUUGCAGUUUUACUGGUUCAGAGUGAAGAAAAAGCGAGAACUGACUCCUCUCCAUAAAUUCACAAUUCUUGAAUGUGUCGUGGUGUAUUUCUCGAAAAGCGUUCAGAUGAGAGAUCUGUUUUUGACUCAGCCUCUCCAACAGAGUUUGUUUGAGAUGCUGGCGCAAGACGUCAGGGUACACCUUAAUGACUUUGAUGCGAAUCAGAUAUACAAUGUUUUAAUUUACAUUGCUAAAUUGUGUGUUAAAGAUCCUUAUAUCUACGCGGAUCUUGAAAGAGGAAUUUUGUACCACAAACUCAGAGGAUACAAUAACAAACAGCUGUCUCAGCUAGGCUGGGCAUUCGCAAAAUACUGUUUGCAUUUAAAUGUUGUUCAAAUAUUCCAUGCCUUAGAUAAGGAGAUUUUCUCAAGAGACAUAUCAAAAUUUUCAUCUGAAGAACUGUGCACUAUAGCUUGGUCAUUUUCUGAGUUUGGCUUUCCCAAAGAUAGGCAAUUUACAAGGCGAUUGGUAGUGAGAUUUUAA